UUGGUCACCAAUUCCAAAUAAAGCCACCACCUCGUGAAGAUUGCUGUGUUGUAGUGGCCAAGUGCUUUUUGCUCGAAAUGGAUGAAUACAGACCUGUACAGCAAGAACAGUGGUCCCCAUACGCUUCGAAUGGAGGAACUAUUCUUGCUAUUGCUGGGGACAAUUUCUCAGUAAUUGGGUCUGACUCACGUCUUAGCGAAGGAUUCCAAAUAUAUUCCCGAAACAAUCCAAAGACUUACAAGCUAUCUAAUUCUCUAACAUUGGGUUGCUGUGGAUUCCAUGGAGAUGUGUUGGCUGUUACAAAGAAUGUUCGGACCCAAAUGAAGGUCUAUGAGCAUGUUCAUCACAAGGAGAUGAGUUGUCAGGCAGUUGCUCAGCUGCUGUCAGUCAUGCUCUACCACAGGAGGUUUUUUCCAUUCUACACUUACAACAUUUUGGCCGGGCUUGAUAAAGAAGGUAAAGGCUGUAUUUACAGUUUCGACCCUGUUGGCUCCUAUGAGAGAGAGACUUACAGAGCUGGUGGUUCUGCUGCGUCCAUGUUACAGCCUCUCUUGGACAACCAGAUUGGCUACAAGAACCAAGAGGGGGUCAUCAAGGAGUCCCUUUCUAUAGAGAAGGCAGUGUCUCUGGUGCAGGAUGUGUUCACUGCAGCUGCUGAGAGGGACAUAUACACUGGGGACGGGCUCACCAUCAACAUCGUUACAGCUGAGGGGACUGAAGUUAGGGAGGUCCCCCUCAGACGGGACUAAAUCAUGUUUUUCGUAUCCAACGUUGUUGUGUAAACGGUGACUCUAUUAUUAAUACCUUACGUACUAUGCGUAUAUCUAUAUACAAUUUCUUUCACAUUAUCAACUAUAUCAUUUAUAAUUAUGGUUGUUGUGUGUGUCGUUCAUGCUAUGUUCAAAGAGAAUAAGUUUUAACGAUGUAUAA